GCGGCGUUCUAAAGUUGAUUCCUUUUUUUGUCCCGCGAAAGCAAUUGCGAAAUUUCAAAAAAUCCUUCUUCAAAUUCAAAUCUGUAAUUUUUUUUCUGGUAUCUGGAUCCGAAUUACAGCGCCGCCACCAGUAACGGUUAUUGCCUUUGCAAAUUCCUCAAAAUUUCCAUAUAUUUUCUUCCGCAUUCUCCCCUUUAUUUUCUGAAAAUAUAUCGGCUUGUUUUAGUUUUAAGAAGAAAAAUCUGAUCAUUUAUUGUGUUUUGAAGUAUUUCGGCUUUUAAAUUCUGGGUUUCAAUGUUUUCACUUUAAUAGCACUUGUCCUGAGUUACAACAUCUCUCAAAUAUAGUUUCAUGGUUUUGCUAAACGGGUAUUCUGAUUUUAGGGUUUAAAUUUUGUGAAUUUCGUCAAUGGGUGCUUUAGCAACCAAUCGUAAACGCGGUGGAGAUGAAUGCUUCAAUUCCAAUUUCAACCACAAAAAGAAACCCCCGUAUUCAAAUUCCCUGGGUUACCAGUUUUUCAAAAAACCUAGAUUGUCUUUGAUAAAUCAAAGCCUGGAAGAAGAAAAUUUCCCUUCCAACAACACUGUCUCGAGAAUCUCUCGUUACCCAGAACCUGAGGCACCUUUCCCUAGAGCAGCAGUCCACGCCCCUGUCAGACAUCUAAAAUUUGGGGCACCCGCUUCACAACACAAACUGGAUUUGACUAAAUGCGAUUUGGGGAAUUUCUUUAGUAGUAGAUUCUGUAAUGUGAAAAGGCAAGCUUGGGAUACUUCGAGCCAUUUUAAGAAGGAAAAAGAAGUGGUUUUUGUGGAGGAUAAUAAGAAGGAAGAAAAGGGGGCGGUUGCAGAUGAUCUUAUUGUUGAAGAAGUGGAGGGUAUUGAGAAAGGGAAGUAUAACGUGGAAGAAGUUGAGCAUUUUCAGCCUUCGUCUUCAUCGGCUGUUACUGAGUUGAAUAAUGGGAAUUUGAGAGUGGAGAGUCCGUUGGAUAUGUCUUCAUUACGGGAGAUUUCCAAUGUCCAGGAUUUAGAAGCUUAUAAGAAGUUAUUGGAGAUUGCAGAGAGGAGAAACUCCAAGUUGAAAUUAUUGGAUUUUCAAAUUGAGUUGAACGAGAAGCGUAAAGCUGGACUUCAGGCAUUGCGACCCGUAAAGAAACCAGAGGAGGAGCUAGUAGAGUUGGUACCUUCCGAGCCUUUUAUUCCUCUUACUGAGGAGGAGACAACUUUGGUGUCUAAUGCUCUUUCUGCAAAAAACUGGAGAAAGAUAUUAGUCUCUCACCAACUCUCAAACAUUGUUAUUAGAGGAGAAGUUUUGCAAUGUCUGAAACCAAGCGCAUGGUUGAAUGAUGAGGUCAUUAAUCUAUAUCUUGAAUUACUGAAAGAACGGGAAAUGAGAGAGCCGGAGAAGUUUCUAAAAUGCCAUUUCUUCAACACCUUCUUCUAUAAAAAGUUAGUGAAUCCGGAGAGUGGAUAUAACUAUAAAGCUGUCAAAAGAUGGACUUCACAAAGGAAGUUAGGGUACUGCUUGUUGGACUGUGACAAAAUGUUUGUCCCCAUACACAAAGACAUACAUUGGUGCUUGGCAGUUAUCAAUAAGAAAGAUCAGAAAUUCCAAUAUCUGGAUUCCCUAAGAGGAAAAGAUCCGUACGUGCUGAGAGCACUGGCAAAAUACUUUGUUGAAGAAGUGAAGGACAAAAGUGGGAAGAACAUUGAUAUAAGUUCUUGGGAACUAGAAUAUGUUGAAGACCUUCCUGCACAGGAGAAUGGGUUUGAUUGUGGCAUGUUUAUGUUGAAAUAUAUCGACUUUUAUAGCAGAGGUUUAAGUCUUUGUUUUGACCAGGAACACAUGCCAUAUUUUCGUACGAGGACUGCCAAAGAAAUUCUAAACUUGAGAGCUGAUUGAUCGAAAGUGUGAACACAAGGCAUGGAUGUUCUCGUACAAAAGGCGAAAAACAGAUAAAUACAGAUUAAAGCCAUGAGAUUGUAGAGCUGCAUAACUUUCCCAAAAAGGGCUGUCUGUGACCGGAAGUAAUAGGUGUUUUUUGUUUAUAUAUUUUCCAAAGUAUUAUCCGUAAGAACGUCUCUUCUUUCUUCUAACAUCAUUUGUUUUUUGUAUAUCAUUACUGCCUUGUUUUGCUGUGGAUUUUAAUAUUUUCUCAA